AUGGAUGCACGCCUCCACGAUGCAUGGCGUCGCCUUCGGACCAUGAUCCCAGACCUGGGAGAGUUUGACGCAUUGACCGCGGAGUUCCGGGUCUCUGCCGUGAAGGUUGCCAUGAUGCUGGAGACCGGGAGGCCGUCAGAGGCCGCAACCUUCGAUGUCGACUUUCGGCUGCCCGAUGCUAGGACCUUGUCUUGCCUGCUCUCCUUGCGCUGCGACAAGGAUGAUGCGGAGGAGCUGAGAGAGCUCUACCGCCUGCUUUGCCAAAAGCUCCAG